GACAUAAUUUUUUUUCACUAUCUUCUGAGUCAUGUAGAGCUGGUUGCUUUCAAUAAUCACUCUUGUAAACCACUUAAAAUAUUACAUGAGCGUUCGGAGUGUGUAUCCAAUUUUUUUUUUCAAACUAAACUUUACUUUUACAAUAGUUCAAUGUUGUCGUUCCGUUGCUAACGGUUGCUAAGUAAUGUAACUGUACAGCAAUAUCGAUACCAACUGUCACUGCAAUUAACAUUCUAACUGCGUAAUAACUGUGGUCUCGCUUAACUCCUUACUUUUUUCCUUAAGUUGUGAUAUUAAUAAAAGCAUUGGUGCAACAUCUGAGUCGCCUACUACAGUUGAUCCCUGACUUCAGUAUAAUUGUGAUCCUGCGGAAAUUCUGCAGCCGGCAGUGAUGGGUCUGCUGGAGAAGCUAUCGGUGUGGCUGGGCGGGGGGCGUGUGGAGGCGACGGUGCUGGUGCUGGGGCUGGACAACAGCGGGAAGAGCUCGCUGCUGCAUGCGCUUCGUAGUGCAGACCAGCGCCCACAACACGACGCUGACCACUUCACCAGCGGCGGUGUGACGUUCCGCGCGCACGACGUGUCGGGCGCGGCUCGGCACCGCGCGCUCUGGGAGCGUCACUUCGCUCGAGCACACGCGCUCGUCUUUGUCGUCGACGCGGCCGACCAUCUGCGCCUCGUGGUGGCGCGUGAAGAGUUGCAGCUGGCGCUGGCACACCCCGAGCUGCGCGCGCGCCGCGUGCCGCUUCUCGUGCUCGCUAACAAGAGCGACGACCCGCACGCGCUGCCCGCCGCACACGUUGCCGCAGCGCUGGGCUUGGAGCGCAUCAGCGACAAGCCAUGGCACGUGUGCGCUACGAGCGCGGUGUCGGGCGGUGGGCUGGCCGGUGGAGUGGCGUGGCUCGCGCGGCAGUUGCGCGACGCGGCGCUACAGCAGCGUCGUUAAGCCUCAAACGUCACAGCACACGGAAAACGUCACACCGAACGGAACACGGAACACUGCACGGAACAUGUCACACUGCGCGGAACACGUCACGUCGCCGUGUCACCGCCCCCGGUGUGAAGUCUUCUCUACAGUUUUAUCAUAUAACGCCAAAGACUUCUAUGUACUUCUAGAACGGCAAUUCAGAAAUAAAACAGCUGCAGAUCGCGCGGGCGCGAGCGGGUAGCUAUCACGGUUUUAUAAGCGACGUUGUUGUAUUUUCAUUAACAAAUUUACGACAGUUAUUGUUUUAGGUAAAUAGAAAAUAAAGAUACAUAUUUUCCUGAAAUAAACUUUUUGAGGCGAAAACCUCUUUGGAAUCGUAGUGAUUUGAAACUCGAUAAAACGAAAAAGCGACGCUAAAAAGAGACAAACAUACAUAUUAGCCUGUCAGAGAAUGAGAUAGAAUACAGUUUAGAAAACGACAGUAGCCCAACGGCAGGGUGCGGACCGCGAACUCAAAAGAUUAUAGGUUCGAAUCCACCAUUCAACUACUGUCGUGAACCACUAACACAAGCAUUUUCAGCUUAUUAGUAGUGGUUAAAGGGAAUAUUAGUUAUGUUAAUAGGAUUGCUAAUAUUAAAAAUAAAUACAGUGUUUAGUAAAAAAAAAUUAACUGUUAAAAUUAACAGUAUAAAAAAUUAAUAAAAUUAACUAUAUUGAAUAUAAUUAUCAUACCCAUUCCAUUCAUAACAAUGCGCGAAUUAAUAUCAAAGUUUAAAUCAAAGUUUGUCAAUAAACAAGUUUAAACGUUUUAUUAAAUAAAGAAUAAUUAUACAAAAAAGGUUAUUAUAAUAUCAAGAAAUACAUGAAUGAAAAUAACACCUGGGAAUGAGGUGAUCGCCAACUGUGCUGCAUCUAUUAAAAUUCAUUUAAAAAUUGUACAAGCAAUGUGAAAAAUUCUGAAAGUUUAGUUUUCUCAAGGUUUUUCACUUCUACCGCGUGUGAACUGCACACAGUCAUGUAUUUUGUUGGUUUUCUUAACCACAGUAAACAAAAUCAGUGUUACAUUGUUGAAUACGACAUUCGCGGUUUACCAUAUUCAGAACUAGUGUUCUCGUCCGUUCGUAGUAGACUAUAGAAGUUACGGAGAGUUGACCGUAAUUUUGUGCGCAUUGUAUUAAGACUGCAGAUGCCGUCUAAUAGCAUACACAGAAGUCUUUGUAUACUUUAUAUUUAAUUUUCUUAAUAUGUAGAUAUUAUGUAAUUGUUAUAAAUGAAUGGUUUAUUCGUAAAACACAAUACUACGUACAAAGAAAUUGAAACAGUUUACAAAUCAGGAAAAAACAAUAUAGUUACAAAUAAACCUAGCAAGCUAACAGCAUAGCAAAGUGGCGAAGCAAUCAGCUUUGUAGCGGUUUCUAACGGUUGCCGUUGAGCAAUUAGUUUCAAAAUAGGAGGUUCAGAUGCCUGGGUGAUCAGUAAUCGAUUGCUGAAAACAGAAUUUGAAAAUUCAAAACCGUUCUCGAGAUAAUCGUGAGACAGACGAACAGACGGACAGACGGACAGACAUCGUGAAAUCAAUAAGUGACUUCGCAAGCUUCGCCACUUAAUAAUUAUGAUGUCCUCCAGACCGAAUGAUGGUCACGGUACAGUGCCCGAGUGUUAUGUACAGGGUUAUUUUGCAAUAACCGGCGAAAUUUGCAGAUAAGGUUUAGAAUAAGUAAAGUUUAGAAUAAAAAAACAUGCGUGAGUGUCGUGGAACACUCGGUUGGAACGAAGUUUCUUUCAAAGUAUAUUAUUAUUGAUAAACGUAUUAUAUUAUUGAUUAACAAAUAUAAAUUAAUUAAUUAUUAGCGUCUAUUAAAAUAAAGCGUCAUUUAAAAUAAAAUACACUAUGACACAAGAGGUCAUCAUCAUUCAUCACUACAGCCCUUCACAAGUCCCAAGGAAUGCCACAAAGCACGGUCCUGAGCCAACUGCAUCCAUCGACUUCCUGCAUAUCUAUGUACGUGGUAGAGCCAUGCUGCAGCUAUAUUAGUUGUAUAGUUGUAGCACGAAUGGGUCGGCUCGACCGGGGAAGGACCACGCUCUCACAGAAUACCAGCGUCAAAUAGCAGCUUAACCCUGCUGUGUUUCGUAUGGUGAGUGUAGAGAACCGGAGACCCUUUUUACUGGAAAAGAGGCAUUCCAUCUUAGUCCUCACGGGUGACAACGCAUCUGCAUUUUGAUUCGCAAACGAAGAUAAAUGUAGAUGUCUAUGGGCCACAGCAACCACUUACCAUCAGGUGGACUGUGUGCUCGUAUGUCACCCUAUCCUAUAAAAAAAAAAAAAGUAAAAAAAAAUAUCUUACCAGGUCGUCACUCCAUCUAGUGGGGGGACACCCUACACUUCGCCUGCCGGUACCAGGCUGCCACUCGAGAACCUUUCUUCCCCAUCGGUUGUCGGUUCUUCGAGCUAUAUGGCCGGCCCAUUGCUACUUCAGCUUACUAAUCCGUUGGGCUAUGUCGGUCACUCUGGUUCUACUGCGGAUAUCCUCAUUUCUGAGUUUAUCACGCAGAGAAACUUUGAGCAUAGCCCUCUCCAUAGCUCGCUGAGCGACCUUGAGCUUCCUCAUCCGGCCAGCAGGGGUAGUGACGAAAAAAUCUUACACUUUUUGUCGCCUAGCUCCCGUUUGGUGGAUGCCAAACCCGUACCGUCCGAUAAGGAACUUCGUUCCAAAAAAAAUCUCUAAUAUACUCUCCUUUUUAUCUUUUAAAUUCAAAAUGCGUGGUAAUGCAUUAUUUAUCUGAUUUUAUUGCGCACGCACACAUUCGUAAGGGUCGAUCGGUAGGCAAAAAUGUUGUUGCACAUAAAUCACAUUCAAUUUGUCGUUGCUGCUGGUGAUAAGAGGGCUGGUUCUUUCCUCGCUCAAAGGCUAAAUAUAGCCAUUCAGCGGGGAAACGCAGCCAGCGUUCUUGGCACGAUACCGCGGGGAGUAGGACUAUAUGAUAAUUAAGUUUCUAGUUUUAGUUUUUUUUUGUAUUAUUAUUAUUACUGUCAAAUAAUAAAUUUGAGAUAAUUUCAAAUAAAAUUAGAAGCCGU